AUGGAUGACAAAGGAAUGUGUGAGUUUUUCCUUGAAGCUGAUUCUUUUUUUAAUGGUAAUGACAUACAUACGAAAAUUAGCAAAUCCUCAACAUACCGUGAUUAUUGUACUACUAAUAAAAAAUGCUCAAAUAAGAUUGAAAGUAUUGGUGCUUUGAGCGAGGGUUUAUCUAUGAAGGUUUACACUAAUGAUAACAAGUAUUCUGAUCAUAUUAUGCUGUGGUUAGCUCAUAAAUUAUUUGAUGUAGCCAAAGAGAAAGACAAAAACAAUGCUAAUAAAAUUACUUUAAAUUCGGCUUAUGACGAACAUUUAAAGACAUAUAUGAGUCGAUUUAAAUAUUGGAAUGGUUUAUAUAAUGCACAUGGUUUGAAAGAUGGUAAUCUUAGCCAAUUGCAUGACUUGUAUUUGUUACUUAAGGAAAUAUGUAAUACAAUUGUAGAUCAUAAAAAAAACGGUCCCAACAGUAAGAAUCUUUCUCAAAAUUCGGUCAAUUGUUUUAAUAAAUAUAUAUCCCUUUACAAUACUCUUCCUAAAUGUGAUUCAUAUCAAUAUCUAUUGGCCAAAUUAAAAAAAAUAUAUGAAGACUUUAGAACUUCUGCUAUUCAGAAGGAUACUGGUAAUAAUCAAUUAGAUAAAAUCCUUAAACAACUUACAACAGCUGAUGGAAAAGAUUCAUAUUCUAUGGGCAAAUUUAAAAAAUUUAACUUCAGUGGUUCAGAUUGUAAACCAAAAAAUAUAGAUAGUAUCCCGAGUGUUCAAGAUAAAGAAGAAAAAAAACCAACCGCAUCAAAUAGUAAAGGUCAAGGGGGGGAUAAAAGUAAUCCAAAGAGUCCCCAUAAAGAUAAAGGUCAUAAUUUAAAAGGUCCAGAUUCUAAAUCUCAAAGCCAGGAAGGGCUUAAAUUGAAAAAAGCUGAAGGUCAUUCACCAAAAGGUGGGGCCCAAACCUUAAAGCUUACCAGUAGUGGUACAGAUCCUCAAAAAGGUACAGAUCCUCAAAAAGUUACAGAUUCUCAAAAAGUUACAGAUUCUCAAACAGGUACAGGUACUCUAAAUGGUACAGAUCAUCUAAAAGGUCAAAAUGGUCAAGUAAAUCCAAAUGGUCAAAUAAAUUCAAGCAAAGAAUCAGAAACUAAUCAAGAAAAAACAGGUAUGUCCCAAACACCAAAAGAUAAUCACGAUAUGUUUGAUUUGUCAGCUUUAAAAGAAUAUGGGGAUUUAGUUAAAAAGCAUAUUGAAGAAUACAAAGAAUAUGUUAAUAAUUCACUUAAGGAUAUUCAAGAACAUUUAUACGAGGAUAUAUGGCUUCCUUUAUAUGAGACUUAUAAUACUUAUGCAGAUUAUUAUGAAAAUUUUGAUAUAAUGGAAUAUCUUAAAGAAGUAAUGCAAGCAAAUGAAGGACAGCAAACCGAACCAUUAGAGGAUGAACCACCAAGUAAAGAGAAUGGACUAGAAACUAAUCCUUUAUCAGAUAGCGAACAACCAGAAACACAAGAUACCAAAACACAAGAUUUCCCAACACAAAUAUCAGAUGGUCAAGGAAAUUAUCAUUCACAAGAGUCAUCUUCUACACAAAAACUUGCCUCAACAAAUAGUGAUCACGAACAAAUUUUAGAUAUUUCCUCUAAGGAACAACCUCAAUCACUAGACGGUUCGACCAAUAUAAUUCCUAGUCUAGGAAUUAAAACAGAAGCCAUUAAAGCCGAUGUACAAAAUGAGAUAUCUGAAAUCGGGUUUCUAGGAAAUUUAUUUAAAGAAUACAAAUUAGUUGCAUAUCCAGUUAUGAUUAUUGCAAUACUCGUUAUUUUAGCAUUUAUGUAUAAGUAUUUACCAUUUGGAUGGAGAAAAAAGUUGAAGAAAAAAAAAAAUAUGGAAAAGAUUAAAAAAUUGUGUAAUGAAAAUAAUACCGAAAAGAAGUUGCAAAUACAUUAA